GAUAUUUUUUCAUUUUGAAUCUCUCCCUCAAGUUGGAAGUACACUUGCCUCGUGGGGUUCAGAUUCAAUUCACUUCGAAUUAGCAAAGACUUUUCCAUGGACGAGCAGUGCGCAUUAGAGCUACCAACCCCUCCGCAAAAACGGGUAUCAAUAAUUUCCAGGGGAGGUGCACGAUGUUUAUGGGACUUGUAUAUAAAUAACUGUUCCUCACAAUGCCAAUUAAGGGCUGGCUUUGUCUAAGCAUUUCUUAUUGAAAGUUGAGUGUUGGGUGUGGGGGAGGGUGAGGGGCGAACUUAAAAGCAAAGUGAGCGAGUGUGUUUUAGCAUAUUUUCAUGUCCGACUCAUCGUAUUCCCUCCUCUUUUCAUCUGUGUGCUUCAUUUGAUACUUGAGAUCUUCCAAAAGCUUAUACUGCCUAGCUGUGCUGCUCCCAUCCCCUAAAGUGAUUCAUUAACACAUUCGAAUAAUUCCCUAGAAUCAUCCCUUUUGGCCCCUCUCUGUCGUGCGCGCACACAAACACACACUCAUGGAGCUUAUCAUGAUAAUGUAUGCUUCAUCCAUCUUGUACCUCCUUUUCAUCAUAUGGAAAAGGAUUGAUGAGAGGAGAGACAAGCACUGUUACAUCUUGGACUACCAGUGCUACAAGCCAACAGAUGACAGGAUGCUUGGCACUGGGUUUUGUGGAGAACUUAUGAAGAGGACCAAGAGUCUUGGUCUCUUGGAGUGCAAGUUCCUGCUUAAGGCCAUUGUCAACUCCGGCAUCGGAGAGCAGACCUAUGGCCCGAGGAUGGUCUUCGCUGGCCGCGAGGACAAUCCCGCAUUAGCAGAUGGGCUUGUCGAGAUGGACGAGUUCUUCCACGACAGCAUCCAGAAGCUCCUGGACAGGUCAGGAAUUGCUCCUUUGCAGAUCGACGUGCUCGUUGUGAACGUCUCAAUGCUCGCUUGCAUCCCGUCCCUAUCUGCCCGGAUCAUCAACCACUACAAGCUGAGGCACGACGUGAAGGUGUUCAACCUCACUGGGAUGGGGUGCAGCGCGAGCCUCAUAUCGAUGGACAUCGUGAGGAAUAUCUUCAAGUCCUACAAGAAUGCGAACGCCCUCCUUGUGACCUCGGAGUCACUGAGCUCGAACUGGUACUCGGGCAACGACCGGUCCAUGAUCCUGGCUAACUGCCUGUUCCGGUCGGGUGGGUGUGCCAUGCUGCUGACCAACAAUCGGGCCUUGAAGAGUCGCGCCAUGUUCAAACUAAAGUGCCUGGUUCGAACCCACCACGGGGCGCGGGACGAGUCCUAUGGAUGCUGCCUCCAGAAAGAGGACGACCAGGGCCUGCCUGGCUUCCACCUCGGCAAGAGCCUACCAAAGGCAGCCACCCGGGCGUUCAUCGACAAUAUGAAGGUGAUCGCCCCCAAGAUCUUGCCAGCCAGAGAACUGCUCCGCUAUGGGGUGAUGACUCUAGUCCGGAAAAUGAGGCGGGGCUCAGCGAAACUGGCCGGGCCGAGGCCUGUGCUUGACUUCAGGACUGGGGUGGACCACUUCUGCAUCCACACAGGCGGGAAGGCGGUGAUCGAUGGGAUUGGGGCGAACCUCCAGCUGAGCGAGCACGACCUUGAGCCCGCGAGGAUGACACUGCACCGCUUCGGGAACACGUCUGCGAGCAGCCUGUGGUAUGUGCUGGCAUACAUGGAGGCAAAGAGGAGGCUCAAGAGAGGUGACAGGGUGUUCAUGAUCAGCUUCGGUGCUGGCUUCAAGUGCAACAGUUGCGUGUGGGAGGUGUUCAGGGACUUGGGAAAUGAGAAAGGCAAGGCCAAUGUUUGGGAGGACUGCAUUGAGAGCUGCCCAUCAAAGAACACGGUCAACCCUUUCAUGGAGAAGUACGGUUGGAUCAACCAGGAGGACCCAAGCACCUUCAACAAAGACUCCUUAGUAAGACAUAAUUGAAUUGAAGAAGAAGAAGCAGCAGCACCAGCAGCUCAUUUGGUUUUGCAUUCUUGAAAGUUGAAGUCCCUCUCUUUAGUUUCACCUUUGUCCUUUAGAUGAUUAUUAUUUCCUCCAUAAUACUUUAGUCUUAUUCUGUAUCUUUUUGGAGUGGCAUUGUUAAGUUCAUGUUCGCAAAAUUC